CACAGCCUACUGAAGGACUUCUUUUGUAGUUUGUUAAUUUCAAAUAUGUUUCACUGAGCAACACACAGUAGAAAAACAAGCAGUGCUAUUUUAGAUGAUGUAGUUGAUUGAUUAAAAGUUACUAUUUUCCUCAGGCUGAUUAUGCAAGACCCUACACAGCAGUGAGCUCGUAGACUGAAGUGCAAUAAUGGCAGAGGAACCUGAUGAACUUCCUGUUGAAAAAUGGACUGACUCCCACGUGAGCUCCUGGUUAAGAGCUAUUGGAGUGAAGGAGCAAUACAUCAAGAAGCUUUAUGAGGAAGAGGUAGAUGGGAGAAUUCUCCUUGUACUGACUGAGGACUAUCUGAGAAAAGAGAUUGGAAUGAAAUCAGGACCAGCUCUGUUGAUCAUCGGAAAGAGAAAUGAGCUUAUAGACACCAAACAGACAACUCAGGGCAAGGGAAAACCUCAAAGUAGCAACAAUAGUGAACAGGAAAGUAAAAGGAAGAAGCAGGGAUCAGCUCCCCAGAUUCCAGAGACAGAUCAAGGUCUUUCAGAGGAAGAGAAACAAACUCAUCAAGGACAAUCUGUUGAGGACAAUGUGUUAACCACGAAGAGAGACUGCAAGCCACGGCCAUUUGGCAAAGAAGGCAUUGAUUUCACAUAUGUCAAACAUAGUGUUCUGCAACCUGAAUCUGGUGUAUUUGAUCUGAUAUCUCCCUGUCAUGAGUAUAAGUCAUUUGACAAUGCUGCCAAAUUGGACCGCACAAGACUACAGGCUAAAUUUGCCAAAGAGGUUCUCAAAUUCGGUACUGGCUGCAUGAAUAUCAGAUCUAAUGGCACAAUACACUUUGGUGUAAUGGACAGUAGGGAUGAUGCAGGCUAUGUGCAUGGUGAGAUAAUCGGUGUUCCGGUUUUUGAGAAAGAUAUAUAUGUUGAUGCAUUGGAUCACAUUGAGAGGAGUUUCUCCUCUCGCUCUGACAGUGAGCAUGUGCGACAGUGCAUACGCCCACCUCAGUUUAUUGAGGUCAUGGACAUAGAAAAAAGAUACGUGGUGGAGGUUGAUAUUGUUCCCUCCAUAAGCAUUGUUAAGAACCGAGUGUACUCUGUUCGCCUGCCAAACUUCAAAGAGUCCUCUAACAAGAUUGAGCAUGAAAAGGAAACAAUCUAUCGCAGGGUAGGAUCAAAAACCGAGCCAGUGAGUGAUCAAAAUGACUUCUACCAGCGAGUCAGAGACAGAGAUGCCCAAAGAGAAGAGGCUGAGCAUUGUCGAUAUGUUAACACCCCGGACAUCUGCCAAGACCUCGGAAGGAAACUCACCAUGCUGAUAACCAGUGGCAAGAAAUUCAUUGAAAAGGAGAAAUGGUACAUUCUUGUCACUAACCAGUUCCAACCAGAUGACUUGAGCAGCAUUGCCUUCUUGCUCAACAUGAACAUUUUCUGUGUGUUCGAUUUUGACCCUGAUUCCAAAGUGUCAGGAUUCUGCAGUAAAUACAUUCAGCACCAUGCUGCAAAUAUGCAUUUCAUGCAGAACUACAAAAUCCCAGAUGGCAUGAGCAUUGGAGACUUUGUGAGUCACCUGCAUUUGUUUGAGCAAACCAGCUGGAUCUUUUGCAAUGGACGGAAUGACUAUCAAGGAAAUGAAAGUCCCUCCGGUGAAAUGACAUGGAUCAAAACAAAAAUGACACUCCUCAGGGAUUCCGUGUCACUGAUCUGCAAACAGAUUUUGCCAAAAGGCACAUUCACUGUGGUCUUCCUUCUCACCUCCCCAGUCGAGAAACCACUCUUGCACACCUUCAAUGUAUUCUUCACUGACAUGGAGGGUCAUGAUGACAUCAUCUGUAUCUCAGAAUCUGAAGACAACUAUCAGAAAUGGCAACACUUUGCUGAGCUCUCAUGUGGAACAGAAACAGUGAACCGCUCCAGUGUUGUUGGGAUGAAAAUGAGCCAUGUGAAUGCCACACUUCAACGUAUUCAACAUGUCACCACUAGAGCAACCAAACAUCUGUCUACCCAUGUUAAAGGACAGUGCCCUUUUGAGACCCGUGACGAGGAAAGGAUGUAUUCUCUAGAGAUUCUCAGUGUUUACCAUUGUGAUGAAAGUAGUGAUGAAUUUAUCGAGGCAGAGAAAGAAAACAUUGAAAGACAGUUUUACCACGGGGGCAGAGUGAGCUGGAUGAAUUUUUGGCUUGCAGAGAAGAAGUUUGUGGGGGAUGUCAUUCAACGGGAUGCCUACUGGGACGUCUCAAAACUUCUCAGCGACACUCAGAAGUGGAGUAUAGACCAAUUAGCUGUGAACAGUAUCAACAUCUACCAUCACCCAGGAAGUGGUGGAAGCACAGUGGCAAGGCAGGUGCUGUGGAACAAUAGAAAAGACCUAAGAUGUGCUGUUGUGAAACCGUCAUACUCUGCAACCAUAGUCUCUGAGCAUGCUGUUCAACUUAGAGAAUACGAAGAAAAAGAUUCCCAGAAAUGCCUCCCAGUACUCCUGUUGGUUGAGGACUGUGACAAAGAACAUCUGGGUGAUUUGAAGCAUGAGUUAGAGGUUGCAAGCUACACUAAAAAAAUUGCGCAAGGAACACUGUGUUUCAUUCUGUUGAGCUGCAGACGAUCCCAUAACCCAGAGAAGAUGUGCAAGGACUUGCCAUUGCAGAAUGUAGCUGUCACUCACAAACUAUCAAAAGAAGAGAAGAGACAGUUUGCUGGGAAAAGGCAGAAGCUUGAAGAACAGUACCAGCCAGAAUUCAUCUUGACAUUCGUCUUGAUGAGUGAAGAAUUUGAGCACAAGAAGAUUGUCAAGUAUGUUGAACAAUUUGUGAAACAUCUGCUGCAAGGCAUUGACCAUGGAUCUGUUGUCACUCGCCUCAUUCGUUAUGUGGCAUUGCUGAACACAUAUGUUCAGAACUCCUUCAUUUCCCAGUCCCACUGUGAAUCUCUGCUAGCUCUAACUAUUCACAUGGAUAGGUUUCGCCAGCAUAUGUUUGAGAGAUCACUGAGUGAGCCGGCCAAACUCGUCUUCAUACACCUGAGAGAUGACAGAACAUAUAUUGAAUCAAUCCGAAUCAUUCAUCCAUUUGUAGCAAAGGAAAUUCUCCAGCAGCUUUUGGGUGACCACCAGCAAGGUCAAGGGACUCAAGGCAGAUUAGCAAUGGAUCUUCUUCAUGAGGAUGUGCUUUUCGAACACAGGUUUGGAAAAGAGGAUUACUUGAAGUUUCUGCGAGACCUGUUCAUGAAGCGUUGCAGAAUAAGCAAAGGUGAUGAAUCUGACAGCUUUUUUUCUCCACUCAUUGAGCAUGUGAGUAAAAAUGAUGGCCCUGACAGAGCAAUUGAGCUUCUCAGAGAGGCAUAUAAACGUUUCAACAAAGAUCCAUUCUUUGCUCAGCAGCUUGCCCGUCUGAACUACAGACACAACAAAUUUGAAGAGGCAGAACAGUGGGCAGAAAUAGCAGGCAAAAAGAUGCCUAACAACUCCUACAUCCUGAACACCAAAGGUCAGGUCUACAGGAGCUGGUUCAAUGCCAAGUGUAAAGCAAUAGAGAAUGUCCCAAAGACCGUAGAAAACACAGCAGACGCAGUAGAAACUGCACUGAAAGCUAUGGAAUGCUUCCAAGAAUGUGAGCAGGCCGCAAUCGCAGACCAUAACUCCAUGAACAAUUCAGGCUUUUUUGCAGCUGUUGAAGUCGGAUUCAGCUUGUUAAAGCUAAUUUCCUCACUGCGUGUGUUUUCAAACAAGGCACAUGGUCAUUCAGAAAGUUUGAAGUACUUUCUCACAGACCAUGUUCCUGAAGAAGUCAAGGAACCCUGGGAAUGUUUUCACAGCAAACUGAAGAACCUGCAAACUACUCUGCACGAAUCCCUUGAUUGGAUCUCAGAAGACCUGAGUUACUUUCAAGCUGACAUUGGUGCGGAUGAGGAGGAGACUAUUGAAAGUUCUGAGAUGAAGAUAUUCAAUCCCAUGAAGUGGUUAGUGAGACAGUCCUCUGAAUAUGGGAAGUACUUCAGUGACUUUUCACUCAGCACUGCCCAAAAAACAUCAGAGUCCAACCUAGUCCAAACUCCUUUCACAAAACGCAUGAUAAUCUAUCGCCUUGGUGGUGGAAAUAUAACCACAAUCUUAUCCCUCUUGACUGACCAGAAGGAUAAAGACCAAGUGAAAGUGCUGGAAGAUAUCAUAUGUCUGUAUCCUACCAACCCUCUGAGGGUGAGGAUGGAUCAGAUGGAUCUGGUCAAUUACAUAGCAUCUCACAUUGCCCUAAGCUGCAUUUCUACUCUGUCUCCAAAACUGGCUACUCUCAAAGAUCUUCAGAAACUUAGUCAGCAAUUUCCUAAAGAGAAACAGAAAUGCCUUUCAAGUGCUCUUUUCUUACUCACAUUGCUGUUUUGGCCAGAAGAGCAUGACACGGAUCAAGACAAAGAGAGCAAAUAUGACAUUGUACAGUCAGCUGUUGAAUUCCUGAAAAGAAGCUACUGGACCAAAAUGAAGGAUAUUCCACAGCGAAAAAGGAGGAUUUACACUCAUUUUUUCCUGGGGAAUGGAACUGGAUGGGAGAAGAUUGUCCACAAAAGCAAAGUUGAAAUGACCACAAAGCUCCUCUCUGUGUCAGUGAAAAGAAUGAAGUGGUUUCGUGGGGAAAUGUGGACAACACCAGUGAUCACAAAGCUGUUUAAGCGUGUCUCUGGCUGGACAGAAGAUGGAACCGUCUACCUUGUGGGUCCUAAAAAGAAGUUCACUAUCCAUCCACUGUAUGCAGCGUCAGUUCCCUAUGGCAAUGAAAAUGUCACAUUCUACUUGGGCUUCACAUUCAGAGGACCUGUUGCAUACAACAUCACUGUGAAAAAGUAAGGUCGCAAUAGAAGGUAGAGAGGCCAGUUAGACAGAUGCUGCCAGACAAGGCAGCCUGUUAUUGAAUAUCUCUUUUUGUACACUUUGUCAACACUUUGGACCAACAAAAAUGUAUGUACAGAACUUUUACAACACCAAUAUAUUUAAUGGUUUUGGUUGUUGAAAAUGUGUUUUCAGUUUGUCAGAAGACUAUGACUGUAAUGCUUCUGAUCACAGAAUGUAGCCUACAUACAUGGCUAUUGUGUAUAUAUGUUUGAAUAAGUUAUUUAAAGCAAGUGGAGUCCAUUUGGACCGACAAUAUUAAAGGAAUUUGUUGUGAACUUGUGCAGAUAUGAGAUGUCUUUUUUUGUUUCAUUCUUAAAGAACAUGGUAUAUUUUUAUAUUAUAACUUAUCUUAUUCAUCAAGCCUGUGUAAUAUUAUAUGUAUUGUUACCAAACAGUCAUCUAUUAUGGCUAAUCAACCGGGUACUUUUCUCAUACAUUUUUUAAAAUAGUUUACCCUGUGAAAUGGCCCCCUCUAUAACAUUUUCAAAUUCUAUGAAUUUUUAUAUAUUUUCUUCUAACCAGUUUCAAUAUCAUGUUGCCUUUUCUGUAUGAUGAGUGACUAGUGCAAAGAUGGAGUUUGUUUUCAUUGUGUUAUUAAAAUACUCAUCUAUUAAAGUUUUCAUAACUUUAUUGGUUUGUUUUGAAUGAUUAUUGUGUGUGUUUCCUAUAACAAAAUCAGUUACCAUAUGGGAACAAUGCAAAACACAUACAGUUGUUAAUAGUUUGCCUAUGAAUAUGUAGUACCACAUAAAAGUAAUUAUUCAUUCUGUCAUUAAACUUAGCUAUACAGCAAGGCUGCAUCUUUUCCUUCAUACUAGUAGUCAAAUAUUUUCCUCAAUAUGUGGCAUGCAGAUAAAAUAUAGUAGAUGUAUGACCAAUCAGAUCAAAUAUAGUAGAUGUAUGGCCAAUCAGAUCAAAUAUAGUAGAUGUAUGGCCAAUCAGAUCAAAUAUAGUAGAUGUAUGGCCAAUCAGAUCAAAUAUAGUAGAUGUAUGGCCAAUCAGAUCAAAUAUAGUAGAUGUAUGACCAAUCAGAUCAAAUAUAGUAGAUGUAUGACCAAUCAGAUCAAAUAUAGUAGAUGUAUGACCAAUCAGAUCAAAUAUAGUAGAUGUAUGGCCAAUCAGAUCAAAUAUAGUAGAUGUAUGGCCAAUCAGAUCAAAUAUAGUAGAUGUAUGGCCAAUCAGAUCAAAUAUAGUAGAUGUAUGGCCAAUCAGAUCAAAUAUAGUAGAUGUAUGACCAAUCAGAUCAAAUAUAGUAGAUGUAUGGCCAAUCAGAUCAAAUAUAGUAGAUGUAUGGCCAAUCAGAUCAAAUAUAGUAGAUGUAUGGCCAAUCAGAUCAAAUAUAGUAGAUGUAUGGCCAAUCAGAUCAAAUAUAGUAGAUGUAUGACCAAUCAGAUCAAAUAUAGUAGAUGUAUGGCCAAUCAGAUCAAAUAUAGUAGAUGUAUGGCCAAUCAGAUCAAAUAUAGUAGAUGUAUGGCCAAUCAGAUCAAAUAUAGUAGAUGUAUGGCCAAUCAGAUCAAAUAUAGUAGAUGUAUGACCAAUCAGAUCAAAUAUAGUAGGUGGCCAAUCAUUGUGGUCAAUUAUUAACACCAUAUGUAUGUUAAUUUCAUCACUCAGCACACUUCAGAUAAGAUGCACACUGCUCAAACGAAUGAUACAGUUUUCUUGUCCUAUGUUAUUUUACUGUAAUUGCACAUGAUAACGGCAUGCUUAGUUGCUCUCACAACAGGAGUCAACUGUAUUUCACAAUCCACUGCAUUGUUGUCAGGAUGUGCAGUAACAGUUACAGAUCACUACAUAGUGAAGCACAGUGUUCCUAUUUGACCUUCAGCAUUUCAGGGACCUUUGUUAUGGAGAAAGACUUCGAACUGCUGCUCUCAAUCCGUAUAUGUAUAUGAUUCCACCAGAGAAAGUGGAAGACCUUCCUCAAAAUGUGUUUUUAUUAUGCCACCAACUUGCUGUAAUAAGGGACGAUUAUGCCUAUCUGUUGUGGUAGGGUAUAAUUAAUACCCAACAUAUUUAUGUUCAGAAUAUAAAAUAGUUACAGAGUCCACCUGGGUUGAGUUUGACUUUACAGAAUGCUCAGAUGCAAAUACUGGAUAGACAUACUGUAUAUUAUACUGUAUAUAUAUGUAGAACAGACAUGGUUCUCUGUCAUGUAAAAUGGGGAAUGAUGCCAGUUCUAUACAAGACAUGUCUACCAUGUUCAGAUCAUUCCACCCUCCUGAGCGUGGCCCUAGAGACCUCAAGGAAAGAUGAUGGAUGAAUAAAGAUCUCCCACUCAGGCCGUUUGCCAUUGAAAAUAAUUGUCACAGUUCCGGUCGGCUUAAGGGGUGGCUUUCCCAUAGGGAACAAUGCAUUAGCAGCUGGGUCUGGUCUGCUAUGUUUAUUGACUGGACAUGAACCUGAAAAAAAGGAAUGAGUGAGUUCUCUCGCUUCCUCUUCCGUCUCUGACCUGAAGGCCAUGUACAGCAAAGUAGGACUCAUCUCUUGGCAGUAUAGUAUCGUCCUCCUAAGGCCAGCAGAUGCAGGACAGGCAGUGAUACAGGGCAGUACUCUCUAGUGCUAUCUGAACCCUUAGAUAUCCUUUCAUGAAGGGGUUUCUGAAAUGAGUAUUCAUCAGCAGAAUAGUAGACUGAAAUAAAGAAUCUAAAUUGUAUCAUCAUUUCAAACAUGCUUUUCUCAAUGUCUAUAGAAACUUGUUGACUUAUUCUGGUUAUCGAUUUUCAUUGAAUAUGGCCUUAUGGUCUGCUGUUUUAUGUACAGUAGCUACUCUACAGCACACUGUACAUCUGUAGUGUACAUCUGUUUUCUCUCUCAUACUGUUUCUACCUUUCUUAUCUACAUUCUACAUUCCCUACAACAGUAAAUCACACCCUGCGUUGUUAGUGGUACUGGUAGACCUGAACUUCUCAGCCACACCUCUAACCCAUCCCACUUUCAGAGGAAGUAUAUCCUCAUUCGGUGUACAAGCUAUCAACAUCAGCGGGAGCAGAAUAAGUUAUCUGGUACCAUGGCCCUAUUGGAGCUCUAGGAGAUGGUUUUAACAUGGAAGCAUCUUCUUCAGGGAGAUCUACAGGACGUUUUCAGCCAGGUGUUGUAUUUGAUCAUUUCUCUCUCAGGUCCUCUUUAGGCUUCUUAUCUUUAUUGACAAUAAUAAAAUGUAUGGUUUAUAUCCACCAUUGUGGAUAUGGUAGUUCUCAAUGACAUGAUUUUGUGCGUCAUAUGCAGUCAAGUUGAUCAUUAUUAGCAAUCUUGAUAAAGAUUAGCAAAAAAAAACUACAAUACUAUAAUAUAUAAAUAUGUAAUAUAAAAUAAACCAUACAAAUACUGAGCUAUAUGGUAAGUAAAAAUGAGGAAAUGUUAUACUAAUACAAUUGUUUAGAGAAAUAUAUAUUUUUAACAAGUAAUACAAAAAAAAAAAUCUAAAAAAGAUAUGGGUCAAAAUGAUUGUUUUCAAUACUCCAUCACCCUCCCUUUGAGAGGAUAAUUACACUGUUACACUGAGCCUUAAUCUAAAAUGUUUUACGAGAUUGGAGAACACGUUCUGAGAGAUCUUAGACCAUUCCUCCAUUCAGAAUCUUUCCAGGUCCUUGAUAUAAUUUGCCUGCCCUUAUGGACUACCCUCUUGAAUUCAAACCACGGGAUACUGAUAUGGCCAUUGCACAAUGUUGAUUUUGUGAUUAUAUUGAUUAGUGCUUGGGGUUAUUGUCUUUUUGGUAUUGUAAGCCUCCUGGCAGAGACAACCAGGUUUUUGGCUAAAAAUGUCCUGGUACUUGGUAAAGUUCAUGAUGCCGUUGACCUUAAGGGCCCCAGGACCAGUGGAAGCAAAUCAUCUUACUGGGAUGAGUAAGCAGUUAGCGGACAGCAGACAAAGCUACAGCAUGAGGUCGGGAGCUCUUGGCACCAUGGGCUGGAAUGCCCCAGAGGUUCUGGAUGACAGCAGGAAAGUAAACCCUGAGUUAAACAGGAUUGGCCCAUUGCUCAAAGGAACAGUUCACCCUAAAAUCAAAGUUGAACUUCUGUUGUGGAGAUCAAGCUACAGUAUAUUACACAUACGUACAUAAGAAAGAUAGGCACCAUCUACACAACCAUGGUGUGGGAUGUGGACUAUGCUCGACAUUAGACCACUUUUGGGGAUAAAAGAUGAACCACUUUCCAUCCUUAAGUUUAUGCCAGUAAAGUCAUAUUAUAUAUAUAUUUUUUAAAUGUGAUGGAACCAGGAAAUUUCUGUACAAUUUUAUGAUUGCCAAUAGAUCAUUUGUUCGUUGGACAUGGUGGGAUCUUUUUGUGUCUGUAAAAUGAAUUCUGUGAGAAAUGGCAUUGGAAACGGCUUCAUGCUCAAAUAUUGAUAUAAUAACCAUCAUACUGAAGUAAACUUGGAGUCACACACAUUCAACUUCUGAGUUUUAUUCGGUACAUGAAAACUUAAGUGAAAAAGUACAUUUUGUGUACACUAUGUCAUCACACUGAUUUUUAUCCACAGAUUUAUAUCCUUAACUAGUUUUAUCUUCAACAUAUUUGCUUACUAAAUAUGCUACCUGUAUAUGAAAUAAAUGUUGAGACAGAUUAAGUUCACUGUGACUGUUGCAUUCAUGAGUUUUUAACUUGCACUAUAUAGUAAUUUUCCUAUUUAGCUCGUUGGUAUGUUUUAGUUUUCAUGCCUUGUGGAGAACUAGUCGGCUGAAGAUUUCCUGACAGGUAGACUAUAUUUAUAGGAUAAAUAACUUUAAACCAGGACAUUGUGAGGUAUUUCAAUCUUGCUGCAUUAUGAGACUUGACGAGGGGAUUGGUGUGUUUUACAGGUUUUAGAAUAAAUUAUUAGAAUGUACUGUGUGGAAUACUCAUUGAAUGUAUUUUCUCUUGCCAGAUCUAUGUAAAUUCUGGUUGUAUAAAGGAGGGUCUGUCAGAGAUCUUCUCUGUGCCAUAAGAAACAAGGUAUGGGUGUCUUUCCAGCUAAAUGGAACAACAAUACUUUUAUGAUGUACUAUUUAUGGCUGGAGGGAAGGAGUGACAGAAUUAUAAUUUGAUGUAACAGUGUAUGUAUAACCUUCUCUGUGCAACAGCCUCAUAUGUGUGUUUACCUAAUUAAAGAUGGACGUUUAUAUUAAUCGCUUUUCUUUUGUCCCCCUCCUAUAGAAGCACUCUGAUUAAAUGUUCUCUUACCUCCCCUCCCUAAGGCAUAACUGUUGUUUUCUACCAAACAAAACUUACAGUGCUCAGACAAGGGAAGGGCAACUUCUUUGACAGCUCUGUGAUUUGGGCAGGACUGAAAUUAUGCCUUAACUUUAUUCCACAGCGCUCACUCUUCACUACACAGACAGGACAGAGCCCCCCAGGUGCUGCUUUGUUCUUAGCCUACAAUGCAUUUAAACACAGUGAUGGUGUUGCUUAUUUUUUUGAGGUGAGUUGAAAACAUGAUUUACUUAUGUAUUUAGACAGUAGCAGCUCUUUGGCAUUAAAGCAAUUACGCACACACACACCCCGUGCCCAAGGCCACAGAGCCACUGCAGACGCUGUGGCUCUGUCCUGUACUGGUGAGGACCAGGCCUGCAUUGCCUGGGAGCCGCCGACAGGGGGGAGCAGCAAAACAAACCAGGCUCAGAAUGUAUCCGUCCUCAAGGUCCCCCGAAGCAUCAAGAAGCCAGGGUGGAAAUGAACUAGUUUAGGCCGUACUGUGUAGUACAGAGAUAAUAUUUUAUUUUCACUAGAAUCUCUCCUAAUGUUAAGUAUUUUGAGGUAUUUAAGUAUUGUACAUAUUAUCUUGCAUAACCGGUUUACAUAUUACAUUGACUCUGUACUGGUACACCCUGUAUAUAGCCUCGCUAUUGUUAUUUUACUGCUGCUCUUUAAUUAUUUGUUACUUUUAUUUUUUACUUAUCUAUUUUUUACUGAACACUUAUUUUUCUUAAACCCUCAUUGUUGGUUAAGGACUUGUUUAAGUAAGCAUUUCACUGAAAGGUGAAAUGUUGUAUUUGGUGCAUGUAACAAAUAACAUUUGAUUUGAUGUGUUGGGCACAAAAUACUUGGCAAAGCAAAAGGGAGGAAUUAUUGUGUUGAUGUUUUUGGAAGACUUAAGUUGAUAAUUGUCACGUGUGCUCCCUCUCCGGCCUCGAGGCCACCAGACUGCUCGUUAUGGCACACAUCUGUCACCAUCAUUACACGCAUCAGCGCAUUAUGACACUCACCUGGACUCCAUCACCUCCUUGAUUACCUGCCAUAUCUAUGUAUGUCAUUCCCUUUGGUUCCUUCCCCAGGUGUCAUUGUUUCAGUUCCAUGUCUGUGUGUUGUUCAAGGUUCUUAUUAUGUUUUAUUUAUUGAUUAAAUCACUCACUCCCUGAA